AGGUAACACCGACUCUUUAUAACUUAGUUAUGAACUCUCAUUAUUUUAAUUCAUUUUUAAUUACCACAUUCUUUGACUAAAUGUUUAUUCCUAUAAUACGGUGAUGAUUUUUAUAUUAUAAUUUUAUUACACAGAUUUUAUUUUUCAAUAAGUUACCCGUGUAAGUAGAACAAAUGUCUUUUAAUACCAAAGACGUAGUCCUCAAAGAGGACAGACCAAAAACACUGCUUUUACAAAAGCAUUCAGACUACCUCGCAGGGUAUGGAUUAAACAAAGACGAUUACGAGUACUGUAUGACAGAACAUAUACGAAUGUCCGGAAUUUACUGGAGUCUAACAGCUAUGGAACUUAUGGACCAAACUUCAAGAAUGCCAAAAAGUGAAAUAAUAGAAUUCAUUACAUCUUGUCAAGACACGGAGAGUGGGGGUAUAUCUGCUAGUAUUGGGCAUGACCCACACAUGCUGUACACUUUGAGUGCUGUGCAGGUAUUAGCAAUGUAUGACAGAAUGGAUGCAGUGGAUGUGGAUGGAAUUGUCCGAUUUGUUACAUCGCUGCAACAGCCGGAUGGCAGCUUCUUUGGUGAUAAAUGGGGAGAAGUGGAUACACGAUUCUCCUUCUGUGCUGUGAUGUGUCUGUCAUUACUGCAAAAACUGGAAGCCAUUAAUGUCAACAAAGCAGUUGACUUUGUGCUCAGUUGUAUGAAUUUUGAUGGUGGUUUUGGAUCUAAACCGGGAUCGGAAAGUCAUGCAGGUCUGAUCUACUGCUGUGUGGGCACAUUGUCAAUCUGCAAGAGAAUGGAUGCACUGCAUGCUGAUGAACUAGCAUGGUGGCUGUGUGAACGACAGCUGCCCAGCGGUGGACUUAAUGGCAGGCCUGAAAAACUGCCAGAUCUUUGUUACUCAUGGUGGGUUAUGUCUUCACUUUCAAUGCUAAAUAGGAUACACUGGGUAGAUAAAAAUAGUUUAGAAGAAUUCAUCUUAGCAUGCCAGGACGCUGAGACUGGCGGCUUCAGUGACCGACCUGGCGAUAUUCCGGAUCCAUUUCAUACACUCUUCGGUUUAGCUGGACUGUCUCUGUUAGGAAAUAGUAGCAUAAAAUUAGUUAAUCCAACCUAUUGUAUGCCUCAAGAGACUAUUGACAGACUCAAAUUAGAACCCCAAGUAUUGCAUGUUUAAUUUACACAGUAUUUAUUUAUGACAUCACUUUAUAUAUAAUUUCAAUUGACAUUAAAAUAAAAUUAUGUAAGUUUUAAAA